AUGCCUAUAGAUGAAAUUGUGGCACUGAGUAAGGAAUUUGACUCAGAAAUCAACAUGCAACAAGAAAGUGAGAUGCCCCUGCAAAGAUACAAAUGGAAGAUAUCAUCAGACAGCCCAGAGGAUGGCCUCCUCACCUCCUGCGCUUGGGACCCACGCAUCCGAGGCUCCUUCUACUACAACUCCGGCUUCAGCGUCACACUCUCCAAGGCACGGGCGUUCGUUGUUGACAUGCAACGUCUCCGCGACCGCAACCCGGACAUGUUUUGUGCUGCCCUCGACUCCAAGGUGGGCGUGGUCAUGCGGUACGUCAAGGCGUCAUCGGCUUAUCUUGGUAAAAAGAAGGACUCGGUCGACUUCGACAUCAUCUACUACCGGAGCCACACAAAUGGCAUGCCGCGUGUGCACGCCGACGUGGUGGACGAGAUUGAGCAGAUGGCGCUACGCAAGUACAGCGGCCUCCCGCAUUGGGGCAAGAACCGCAACUUUGCCUACGAUGGUGUCAUCGCAAAGUACCCGAAAGCUCAUGAGUUCCUUAAAGUGAAAAAUAGGUACGACCCCGCCGGGCUCUUCUCCAAUGAGUGGACUGACCAAGUACUCGGUAUCAAUGAAACUCCCAACAUCAUCAAAAAGAGUUGCGCCAUCGAAGGACUCUGCGUCUGCUCCAGUGACUUACAUUGUGCUCCGGAGCAGGGCUACUUAUGCAAGCCAGGGAAGGUGUACAAAGAGGCUCGAGUCUGCUCGUUCAUCAGGGAUUAUUGGAGGUGA